AUGGGAUUCGGUCAAUUUGAUACAAUAUGCGAGAAGGCGCUGGUGCCGUUAUGCUCUUUGGUAGGCCCGUCGUCUACGAUCUCUGGAUCAUCGUCGGGUCUGAUAUCCAAUUGCUAUGCGAGAAACAUUGAAGUCGCCAAUACUAUCAUUUUCGAAGGUGCUGCAUCAUUCAUGCAUAUCUUGGCGCUGAGCAUGACUGUUAUCAUGAUCUUGCAUGUGCGGUCUAAAUUCACCGCAGUCGGCCGCAAAGAGAUCAUCACUUUCUUCUACAUUUACCUAGCUCUGACUAUCUUCUCCCUCAUCAUCGAUGCAGGUGUCGUCCCUCCUGGAACGGGACCGUUCCCAUACUUCGUGGCCGUCCAGAACGGUCUGAUAUCAGCGCUAUGCACCUGUCUCCUCGUCAAUGGAUUCGUGGGCUUCCAGCUGUACGAAGAUGGCACUGCUCUCUCGGUUUGGUUGAUUCGAGUCCCGUCGGCGACCAUGUUUGCGCUCUCGUUCGUGAUUUCGCUGGCAACUUUCAAAUCAUGGGGCUCCAUGGGCCCUCAGAACACCACUGGUCUUUUCGUUGUGCUCUACAUCCUCAACGCAAUCUGCAUCGCAGUGUAUCUGGUCAUGCAGCUUCUUCUUGUUGCAAACACAUUGGAUGACCGCUGGCCGCUCGGGCACAUCUCAUUCGGUGUGCUGGUUUUCAUCAUCGGGCAGGUCCUGCUGUACCAAUUUAGUGAUGUGAUCUGCAACAACGUCCAGCAUUACCUGGAUGGCCUCUUCUUCGCUACAUUCUGCAAUCUACUGGCUGUCAUGAUGAUCUACAAGUUCUGGGAUUCAAUUACCAAGGAGGACCUGGAAUUCUCUGUCGGGGUCAAACCAAACACUUGGGACAUCAAGGAGCAAAUGCCCGAAGAGGACCGCCGGGCAACUGCGUAUGCAGACAACAACUCGGAGUACGCAGGCAGCAUGUACCACCACCGGUCGUCGAACUACGGCCAUCACAAUUAUUAA